AUGCGGGGACGGUCGUGGGCUCCCCCGGGCUACCCGGCCUCUCCACCUCCCCCCAGCAGCCUCAGGGGCCGGGCACGGCGGGUCUCUGCCCUCCCACCCCGCCUCACGCCCGGCUGCUGUGGGGCCGCCACGCAUCUACCCUCCCAGCGCUGGGGAGCGCAAAGGGAGGGAGGAUGCUCGCGGUGUCAGGGGGCAGCGCGGCCCCCCCGGGGCGGGGAAGGGGAAGCACCGCGGUUCCCGUGCCGUGCCGAAGCUGCCUUUGCUCUCCCAGGUGGGUCCCUCGGCUCGGCGGGACGGGGCCGCUCGGGAGGAGCGGUCCGGGGGCGAGCGAUGCCUCUGCCAAGCUACGGUUUUGGGCACCGAGGGGCCUCCCGCCCGCCGCGCUCCGUGCCUCCCGGCGCGGUCCCCACGGACCGCCCCUGGAAGACCUGGGAGUGCUGGUGGGCAGCGAGCUGGGCGGGAGCCAGCCGUGUGCCCCGGCCGCACAGGACGCCAGCAGCAUCUCUGGGCUGCGCGAACACGAUCACAGCUCAGGAGACCGAGGGAAGGGAUUGUUCCCCGCACUCGGCAUUCGUGAGACAGUAUCUAAGUGCUGCGGCCGGUUUUGGGGCAGCCGGGAUAGGAAACAGACCCAUGAGGGACGAAGGGCCAACGGGGCGCUGGGCGCUGGAGCAGCUGCCCGGGGCGGAGAGGCUGCGGAGCGGGGCUGGCUCAGCCGGGGGCAGAGGCGGUGUCGGGGGCACCCCGCAGCACCUUGCCAGAGCCUGCGGGGGUGGGCAUCCACUGGCUCUUACGGCGGGGCAUGGUGCGAGGCUGAGGGACAGCGAGCGUGAAUGGAAACAGGAGUCUGGACACACGGGAAACCUUUUCCACAAUGAGAAACAGGAGAGGUUCAAACGUCGUAUCCAUAACGGAACAACACUCCCUUUAACCCCGAGGAGGGUGCAGCAGCAGCAGCGGCACAGGUUGCCCGGGGAGCUUGUGCAGGCUCCAUCCGUGGAGGUUCUCAGGAGCAGACCGGAUCAAGCCCCGAGCAACCCGGUCCGGCCUCGCAGCUGCCCCGGCUGUGAGCAGGAGGUAGCACUGCAGCCCUCCUCAGGUCUCUCCCAGCCUGGGGUCCCACUCCCACUCACAGGGGAGUGGGCAGCACAGCAGGGCCCGCGGGGCUCCCGGCCGCGCACGCUGGGCACGGGCAGGCUGUCAAGCCACAGGCGGGGGGAGAUGGAGAGGGGCCUGCCGCGGUCGCCGGCCGCGGGCAGCCGGGCUGGGCUCUCCCAGCGCAGCGGAGGGUACCGGGCGGUGAUGCCCGCCCCAGGGAGCCGCGGCUGGAGGCGCCCGUCCACCCCGGCCAGCGAGCGCUCCCCGGGCCCGCGGCCCCCGCCUCGCCCCCCUCGACCCAGCUGCCCCGCGCCCCCCGAGGUCCCCGGUGCCGGUCGCCGGCUGGACGUGAACGGGGAGCCGCUUCGCCGUCGCAUCGCCCCUCGAAAGGGAGACUCCGACCGUCUCCCCGUCCCGGAGCGGUCCCCCGGCCACGCGUGGGCGCGUUCCUGGCUUCGCGCGAAGAAUUGUCUUCAAUUCAAACGCCGCGAGAAACCCCGCGCCAUCGAUCCGCCCGAUGCCCGCUCCGACGGGGCCUCCGCCGGCGGCGGGAGCUGGCGGCCCGGGGGAGCGAGAAAAGUGCUGGGGGAGGGGGGAAGAUCCGCGGGGGCGCCCCCCGCCGGUGUCCGGCAGGAGGCUAACCCGCUCGCUGCCAACGCUCGCGUUCCGGCGGAGCUGCAGCAGCUCCGGCAGGCCGCCAACGUGCGGGAGCGGCGGCGGAUGCAGUCCAUCAACGACGCCUUCGAGGGGCUGCGCUCGCACAUCCCCACCCUGCCCUACGAGAAGCGGCUCUCCAAGGUGGACACGCUGCGCCUGGCCAUCGGCUACAUCAACUUCCUCAGCGAGCUGGUGCAGUCCGACCUGCCGCUGCGCAACGCCAGCAGCGAGAGCCCCAGCCAGCCCAAGAAAAUCAUCAUCUGCCACCGCGGCACAAGAUCUCCCUCCCCGAGCGACCCCGACUACGGACUCCCCCCUCUGGCCGGUCACUCGCUCUCGUGGACUGACGAAAAGCAACUCAAGGAACAAAACAUCAUCCGGACAGCCAAAGUGUGGACCCCCGAGGACCCGCGGAAGGUGAACAACAAACCCUCCCUCAACGACAUCGAGAACGAGCCCCCCUUCGACUUCGUGGCGUGA